UUCAUUCGGAAUACUCAACCGGAAUAGACUGUAUUUCCAAUAUUUUUGGUUUCAAUUUUAGGGUCGCUCAAAACUAAGCUGUAUACUAUAAAGCUUACAUUUACCUUACCCUUAAUCAGUAAAAAUAUGUUUCGACACCUACCUGCAGACAUCUGUCUGUGUACGCAAAUAUCGAUGACGUUGUCCGCUGCACUCGUGUACAGUGCAGGGCCAACAGCUGUUUGAAACUAGAACUGUAAUUCAGUUUAUGUUAAUGAUAAUAACGAGCGUUCUUUUAUUUCAAAAUACAUAGGUAGGUAUCGUUACAAAUUGGAUUAUCCAUGUACAGGGCCAACUUCAGUUGUCAUAGUACCAAAAUUAUAAUGGAAACUUAAUUCUGCUUUACUGAGGGAAUAGAACUUUUGCAGAUCACUGGAUUGUGAAGAAUAUUCGUGUUUUGUCAAUCUAUAUGAUACAGAACUCACACAUUUGGGACACAGCACAAUCAAGAAGUAAAUAAUUACAGAAUGUCAGCAGAAACGGGGGAUAAACAACCUGAAACAGUGAAGGAAUCUCCACUGUCUGACAGUGGAAGAGGGUCCCAGUCAGUAGUUAUCAUCAAUACAGAGAAUCUGAAUGCAGAUGUAGAUCAGGAUGUCCAGAUUGUAGAAAAUAACAAUGUAGAUACUGAUGAUGAUAUGAACAGAUAUGUUUACUCUGAUGAUUUUGAGAGUGAUGAUGAAGAAGAUAUUGAGGACAGUGAUGAACUGGCAGGAGCUUAUCCAAGUGUUGUACCAGGUCUCAGACAGAGAGCUGACAAUCCAGUUGUACCAUCUACAGUGACAACAUUAGAAACACCUUGGGGAAGUAAAGUUUAUAUUGUUGGUACUGCACAUUUCAGCAAAGAAAGUCAGGAUGAUGUUACAAAGACUAUAGAAGCUACUCAGCCAGAUGUGGUGAUGGUGGAACUGUGUAACAGUAGGUUAAAUAUUCUACAGUUAGAUGAGGAAAAACUUCUGGAGGAGGCACAGAAUAUCAACCUGGAGAAAAUCCAGCUAGCUAUAAAACAGAGUGGAUUAGGUCAAGGCAUAAUGCAUCUUCUCUUCUUGAGUAUGUCAGCUCACCUAACAAAACAGCUUGGUAUGGCUCCUGGAGGUGAAUUUAGGAGGGCUUUCAGAGAUGCAAAGAAAAUUGCUGGUUGUAGACUACAGUUGGGUGAUCGUCCAAUUCAAGUGACUCUACGUAGAGCACUAUCAUCAUUGUCUGUGUGGCAGAAAAUAAGGCUUGCCUGGUAUCUCCUCACCUCAAAUGAUCCAAUCAGUAAAGAGGAUGUAGAAAAGUGUAAGCAGAAAGACCUACUGGAAGAAAUGUUGAAAGAAAUGACUGGGGAGUUUCCUGGUCUUAGUGAAGUCUUUGUGAAAGAAAGGGAUUCAUUUCUUGCACACUCAUUGAAACACGCAGCACAACCAUUACCUCACCCUGUUGUGCCAGGAGCUCACCUACCAAGUGUAGUUGUUGGUGUGGUUGGGAUGGGACAUGUCCCUGGUAUAAUGGAGAACUGGGAGAAAUUACAGUACAAUAUGAAAGAUAUUAUGACGGUUCCUGAGGAAGGAUACUUGCCUAAAGUACUUCGUUUCGGAUUUAGACUUAGUUUUCUAGGAAUCUUUACAUUCGCUUGUUGGAGAGUGUAUAGAUGGGCAACACCUAUGAUCACUUGAUAUAUUGUCUUUAGCUAGUUCUUUAACUAUAUUCUUCAUCUUACUGGAAGAAUAAUCACACACUGCUUUUCUGAACACAUUACUAUGUAAUAAUUCUACAAGAUACACAGAGAACUAUUCGAACUUUUGAAAUCAUUUAGUGGAAGAUUUGGCUGAACUGUGUUCAUGACAGUAUGUGUCUUCAGUCUUUGAAAACUUCACAUCUGUGUGUGAUCUGCAUGUGUCUACAAGCUUUACAUUUGCAUGUGUGCACAGUCUUCACAUCUGUGUGCCUGCAGUCUUUCAUCUGUGUGUGUCUGCACUCUUAAAAUCUGUGUUUGUCUAGUCUUUGUAUAUGUUUGUAUUUGAAGUCUUCACAUCUGUGUGUGUUUGCAAUAUUCACAUUUGUGUGUGUCUGUAAUCUUCACAUCUGUGUGUGUGUGUGUCUGCAGUCUUCACAUCUGUGUGUGUCUGCAGUCUUCAAAUCUGUGUGUGUCAAUCUUCACAUUUGUGUAUCUGCAGACGCAUAUCUUUGUAUGUCUACAAUCUUCACAUUUUUGUGUGUCUGCAGUCUUCCAUCAGUGUGUGUAGCUUUCACACCUGUGUGUGUCUGCAGUCUUCCAUCAGCAAGUGUCUGCAGUCUUCAUAUCUUUUUGUGUCUGCAAUUUCAAAUGCGUGUUUGUCUGCAGUCUUCCAUCAGUGUGUGUAUGCAGUCUUAACCUCUUUUUGUGUCUGCAGUCUUCACAUCUGUGUGUGUCUGUAAUCUUCAGGUCUGUUUUCAUCUGCAGUCUUCACAUCUGUGUAUGUCUGCAGUUUUCACAUCUGUGUGUGUCUACAUUUUUACAGCUGUGUGUGCCUGCAGUUUUCACAUCUGUGUGUGUCUGCACUCUUCACAUCUGUGCUGUCUGCUGUCUUCACAUCUGUGUUUGCAAUCUACACAUCUGUGUGUUUCAGUAAUUUUCACAGCUGUGUGAGUCUGCAGUCUUCACAUUUGUGUGUGUCUCCAAUCUUCAUACAUGUGUGUGCUUGCAGUCUUUGCAGUCACAUCUGUGCAUGUCUGCAGACUUCACAUCUGUACCAUAUAUUUUUCUUUGAUGAUGACGGUGUGCAUCUGUAGCUCGCCCGCUAAACUCAAUAGAGAGAAGGCAAAUCUAUGGAUCAUGAGUUUGUUCCUCUGAUGGGGGGUAUGUUCUCUGUGACGAUUUGAUGAAAGAUAUUGUGUCUGAAAUUAUUUGUCCUCCACCUUUGAUUCAUGUAGGGAAGUUGGUGGUAUAGUUCAGUAUUUUACCUUCAUUUUGGUAUGCAACACAUCAUGUUUAUUCUUCAGAAAUGUGGAGAAAAAACAUGUUAAAGCAGGUCACCCCUUCACUCCUUAGGGUGUCCUUAAAAAGCGUCAAAGACGGGAUAAUUAGUGCUAUCCCUGGUUCAAAAUGUCUGCUAGACUUUGCCAAUACUGUCUUCAAACACUUCACCUAAAUUCCAGUAUGUUUGUUACCUACAUAUUUGGUCAGUGAAAAAUAAUUUGGGUGAAGUGUUUGAAGAUGUACAAAGAAUGUCUAGCUAAUGCUUUGUGGUGAAAGCAUCCAUUUUCUUGUCUUUGAUUAGAAUCUAUUAAGUAACAAGUGAAUGAAGUAUUGCCAUGCAAUACAAGUCCCCUACAGGAAGGCAUCUAAUUUUCUCGACUGCAGUAUAACAUAAUGUCAAUAAUGUAUAAACAAUAUUGUAAUAUAUAAACAAAUAUGUUGUAACACAAUAUUUGGAUUAAAAUUUGCAUAUACAAAUCUC